AUGCCAUCCUACGAAGAAUCCUACGGCCAGCAAGCCGCUCAAGCAGCAGGCACAGGCGCAACCGACACCGAUGGCGCCGUGCAAGCACCGCCCGAUGCGAGAUCUACGUCUGACCUCCCACCUGCCGCCCUCGACCUUGCAGCGCGCCUCUUCGACCUUGCCCGCAGCGGGGACACAUCGACCCUUCAGCAAUACGUCAGCGCCGGCAUUCCCAAGAACCUCACCAACGCAUCCGGCGACACACUUCUCAUGUUGGCGUCCUACCACGGGAAAGCCGAGACUGCGAAGAUGCUGUUGGAUAGCGGCGCGGAUGCGAAUGUGCUGAAUGGGAGGGGUCAGAGUCCUAUUGCGGGGGCUGUGUUUAAAGGAUACGAUGAUGUUGUGAGAGUCUUAACUGGCACAACAACAGCUAUAGGGUAG